CUCCUCCUUUCUGUCUCUGUCUCUCUUUCUCAUGCAGUCAUGAGCUAGCUAAUUGUCUGCACUUGAAGACCAAUGAGUAAGACAGAAGAAAAGCUGGACUUUUUACUCUGGUGUGGAUAACAUUAUUACAAACAGUAUGGGUUCUGGCCACAGCAGUGACAAGUUUCACUGCAACCGCUAUCUGAGUGGACAGGGUCCUCCAUCACUGGUACAACAAGCUACUCAAGAGGUGAAUGGGAAGUUUAACACUCUUAAUGGAUGCCAGCCAGAAGGCCAGAUGACCUGGGUGAUCCUCCACAAAGACCUGCCAGGAUUUCCUGAUGACAACACCUUGCAGAUCAACUACAUAUUCCCAGAUGGAAUACAGACAGACAAACACCCUCACCCUGGCCAGCCGUUUGCAGGGCUGCGGCUCUGUGCUUACCUGCCUGACAAUCGUGAGGGCAGAAGGGUUCUCAAGCUACUGGACAAGGCCUUCAACAAGAAGCUCCUUUUUACUGUUGCCACCAACAACGAAGGAGAGGAUGUGGUGACCACCGCUUCCAUUCCACUAAAAACACAAAUAGAAGGAGCAAGCGGAGCUGUUGGGUACCCAGAUUCUCAGUACUUGAAGACUUUGAGAAAGCUACUAAGGAAUGAAGGCAUUGAAUAACACGAUACACAGCUGGAUGGACAGAUGAAGGAAGACGUCAGACUACAGUAUAUCUAUGAAUGGACAGAGAACUGCUGCUGUAAAUGCUGAAUGUCUUAGCAAAACUGUCUAUCAAUGCCAGUGUGUAAUCUUUUGUGUAAUCUGCAUAUUAUUUCAUUACUGUUGUUCUGACAAAUAUAUCUAUUUUAUAAUGCAUUUACUCCUACUUUGGUGAUGUUUUAUCAUUUACAUAUGCCAUGACAUUUUCUAGUGUGUAACCAGCAUUUUAUUGUGAAUUAUUGCAAACCUAUGCAAAAAUAAAGGUUGCAGGGAAGGAGAUGUGGAUUUGGGGGUCACACCAGGACAAAAAAGAUGAAUCUUGUCUUUUUAUGUCCUGUAUAUUUACAGAUAAAGACACAGCACAUAAAAAGACAGAAGCAUGAAUAAGGUAGUCUAGAGCUGAGCAGAUGGUAAGUAAAUAUGGCACAGAGCACUCAACUAGUAGCAUCAUGUUAACUUGUAUUGAUUGACAUAGUUAUGUAAUAGAGCUGUUUAAAAAAUGUUAAACAUGAUAGGAGUUCAAAAGGAGAUGCCUUUUAGCCCUCCUGUUCCACUCCAAUGUAAGCUCUGGAUCUCCAACAUGUUCAAACCUGUGUUCCUCUGCAUGCUCCUUGUGUUAACCAGGUUUGUAUUUUGGAUGUUUGGUUCUUUCAGUUUUGUGUUUUUUUUUGUAGUUUACCUGUUUUGAUAUUCAUGUGGACUUUAAGUAUAGUUUUUCUGAACACUCAGCCACUUUUUGUUAUCUGCCUGCAUUUGUAACCUGAAGUGCUGCUUUGAUUAAAGUUUAUUUGUCACCA